AUGGCAAACACCAAAUUUGGAAGAAGCCCAUACAGUGGAGACGGGAUUUCUCCACAUCGGAGGUCGAGUUCCCGUCUAAGGAAUAUCAAAUCGAACAAGCACCCAACCCUUGUACAAAAAAAACUGCAGUUCGACAAGAAAGGGACCAGAUCGGAAAAAAAUAUGAACUCACCGGAUUCCGAUUUUGAGGAUGAAAUUGAAGCCGAAGUAAGUGACAGUGAAGAAUGCUCCGUCGAUGAAGAAGAAGACGAGAAAAUAAUUAAAGAUAAAACCAACAAACGCAAAAUCCACAGUCGGCCUCCACAUAAACCGAGUGUCGAUCCCAGAAAUCCCGUUGAAGAAUUGAACAUAAGUGAAAGUGUUAAGGAAUGGGAAUUGCUUAUACCAUAUCCGAGGAAUAUAAAUGCCAAAAUUAUGAGCAGUAACGAUAAUAGCAAGGAUGGGUCGACUAUCAAUGAAAUUAAAAGAACUCUUACCCCGCAGCAGCUCGCGAUUUUUAGGAGUUCGGCAUUUGGUAAGUUUCUUAAUCUUCCAUUGUGCAAGGUACAGAUCCAGUUGGUCAAUCAUAUUCUUUUACGAGAGGUUUAUCAGUCUAAGAGCAACGAGAUUUGGUUUGACUUCGGAGGUAAAUUACUUCGGUUUGGGAUAGACGAGUUUGCCCUUAUAACUGGUCUUAAGUGUAUCGGGUCUACCAAGAAACUGAACAUCCCAAAAGUCAAACAAGGACUCUACGACAAGUAUUUUGCUGAGGGAGUUGAUGUUUUCGAGUUUACAUUCCAAUAUCUGAAGAAGUCUAUUCGAAACAGGCAACAGAUGCAUAAUAAUGUUAAGACAGAUGGUUCAAGUUACCUCUACCGAUGUUAUGGACUUAUUAUUGCCCUUCAGAUAUGGUUCUAUGAAAUUUGCAAAACCGCGGAUGGCAUAGUAUGCAAAUCACUCGAAGGUCAAGCAAUACCUAGAUUGCUCAAGUGGGAAGUACAGGACAGCAAAAACCGCCUUUUUAUGGAGAGGGCGUUCUCAAACUUGGACGCAAGCAAGUUUAAAAAUGUUUCACCUACCCCGACGGAGAAGCAAGCUUUGUUGUUGGAACCAUUUUUCAACAACAAAAAUGAAUUCACUAGGAAUGAGCUCCAAUUUGAUGUUAAAUCACAAAACUCCAAUGACUCAGAAGUAAUCAAUCGUCUGAAUACAAUUUCAAGGGAUCUUGAUAACUUGAAGCAAAUGUUCUUUGACUUUUCGAAGCGGGUUAUUGCUGAACUUGAACUGUUUAAGGAGACAUUCAUUGUGAGUAUUUGA